UACCUCGAACAUGUGUGAAGUUUAUUUCUAGUUUGACGUUAUGUUGCGAAGGAAAAGAAAUACUGUAGUCAAUUCUCCGACAACACAAGUCAAAGAAUCACUUAAGGAUAAAAAAGCUAAUGUUCCGUUAGGCAGCAAAAGAAAAAGUAAAAAGGCUGAAGAGGAGCGUUUAGAAAAACUUGUUUUAGGCGGAGAUGGUGAUGUGCUACAAACUUUGGAAGAAGUCUCUAAAAAGGUAGAGGAUGAAUCCCAUUCUAAGAAGAAGCGGCUACCACCGAAGAAAAAAGUACCAGUAUGGAAUGAUGAUGAUGAUGUCAGGGGAAGUGUUCAAAUAACAAAGGAAAGAAGAUAUGACUUAAUCAGAAGAGGAGGCGAAAGUAAAAUAAAAACAGACCAGUACACUUCCAGACUGAAGACAGAAUUUGAGAAGGUAUCUGCUGCUCCAAAUUGGGCAAAGUUGCCAUCUGAGAAAGUCCAAUCAUCUGAUGACGACAGCGAUGUAGAUGAUUUAUUACAAAAAACAGGAAACUAUCUAGUAACAUCGUCUUCAUUACCAAAAGGUCUAAUCGAUCUCAAACAGUGUACUGAUGCUAACAAAGAACAACCAUCAGAAAGUAAACUGAAAUCAGUAGAGUUCCACCCUACAGCUCAGGUGAUACUCACUGCGGGAAUGAAUUAUACAUUGAGUCUGUUUCAGGUUGAUGGCAAGCUUAACCCCAAGAUCCAGAGUGUGUUCCUUGAUGGAUUCCCGAUUCACUGUGCUCACUUUAGCUCAGAUGGUUUGGAAGUUAUCAUGGGGUCAAGAUUCAAAAACUUUCAAUAUUAUGACAUGAUGGCUGGGAAAAUUGUAAAUGUUCCAAAGAUUAAAGGUUUAGAGGAGAAAAUGAUGAAAAAAUUUAAGGUUUCACCAGAUGGUAGAUUUAUAGUAUUUCUUGGAAAAAAUGGAGGAAUGCAUCUCCUCUCUGCAAAGUCCAAGGAAUGGAUCCACACUCUGAGUAUGAAUGGUGAAGUAAAAGACAUAGCAUUUUCUAAAGAUGGACAACGAAUGUACUCCCAUGGAGUUGAAGGGGAUGUGUACAUCUGGGAUUUAGAUAGAAGAGACUGCAUACACCGCUUCUAUGAUGAAGGUUGUACAAAAGGAACGUCUAUUGCAUUAUCUCCAAAUGGCCAAUACCUGGCUUGUGGGUCUUACAGCGGAGUCGUGAAUAUUUAUGAUACACAGACGAUACUGAGCUCUAGGUCCCCCACCCCAGUGAAGGCUAUCAUGAAUCUGACCACACCCUGUACCCAUGCACUGUUUAACUGCUCAUCAGAGAUUCUAGCGAUAUCAUCCUUUUAUGCAGAGAAAGCUGUUAAACUUGUACAUGUUCCUUCAAUGACUGUAUUUUCCAACUUUCCUGAGAGAAAAGUAGAUAGUUUGCGAAUUCCAACCUGUAUGGAUUUUUCUCUGAACAGUGGUUAUUUCUCAAUAGGGACUCACAGAGGAUCUGCCCUUCUUUACAGGGUGCAGCACUAUGGUAAUUAUUGACAGAGUAUCCUUUGGAUGUUGAAAUGUUUUACCAGCAGCUGGAUGUGAUUGUAUCAUUGUUAUUACAGCAGUGGCUUAGGGCCUGGACAGCUCAGACAACCUGCUGUAGAAACAGUGUUAAGCUUAUCAACUUGUAGGAUUAUUAAACAUACGAUCUGUAUGCUGCAAGUGAUUUUAAAAUGAGAAAAAAUGUACUAGAUUAAAAGACAACAUUUUGGUGGAAAUGUCAUUUUGAGUAUGUCAUAUUGUUCUGUAGACAAUGUUGAGGUCGAAAACAAAUACCAAUAGUUUUCUGUUUUAAAAUCAAGAGUCUGGUAUGUUGAACACAUUUACUUGUGUAGUGUGUGUAUACUUCAGUGCUCUUGUCGCAAUUGCUCAUACCUAGGAUUUUGACAGCUGUAAGUUAUGUACAACUUGUGUAUCAUUUUGUGUAGAGAAUAGGGACCUAAAUGCUUCAGAACUACAGGGUCAAACCACUGAAAAUGUAGAGCAAAUGUUGGAUCUUCACACCAUGAACUCUAAUUUGUCCACACCUAUAUACACAGAUGUGCCAUCUAUUACAACUUUUUCAUACUCUUUUCAAUUCUCCAUCAUUAAAUUUGCUUUCAUGCUUUCAACACCCAAAUCAUAAUUCUGAGCAACAUGUAAUUAUCUGUAUUAAAAUAUGCAGAAAAUUAACAUGGUAUUUACACCUAGUGUCAAAAUAGACACUGCGUGCAAUUGAUACAUUUCUGUUCAUGGGUACACAUUUGUAAUUUACAUCUACCUGUAUAUUAUUUAAAUUGUUUUGAGACUAUCAAACAAAUCAAUUAUGGACUAGCGUUUCUCUUUUGAUUGGGAUCUUUUUGACGUGUACAUGUACAUUGUAUUACAUUGUCAGAAACCUACAGACAGUACGUCUCUCUUCCCAUCACCAGCUUUAAACUCUUUCACUAAUUAACAGUUUUCUAAACUGCAUUGUUGUUCAAUCAAACAUAGACAUUUACACUGUAAUUGUAGAUCAAAAUGCAUUUUAUUCAAAAUGAAUUAUACAAUAUACAUUGCAUGAGAAAAAUCACACACAUCUUUAUUAGCAAUGAAAAUGAAAAACUCUCAUACUCAGAAGAAGAAAACUCUAUGUACAUGUAUUUGUUGCAGCACUACAAAUGGAUGAAGUUCUUCCAAAGUACAAAUCACACCCCCAUUCACACAUCUACUUUUUCAAAAAUGAUAAUUUGAGGUAGCUUAUAAUGGGUUUGUACUGAUAAUUGUUAUGUUUCUAUAUUUGUAUCAAAACAAUAUAUAUUACUGGUUGCAUGUAUUGGCAUAUUAAAGAAGAGAAAUUAAUAAUUCAA